GGGGGGUGCUGGGAGGCGCGCGGCGCUAUGGAGGCGUGGGAGCUGUUCCGGCGCUUGGGCGCCGGUGCUCGCUUUGACGUGCGGCGCUUCGGGCAAGAUGCGCGGAGAUUUGGGGUGAUAAAGGGGAGCGGCGGCGGCGGCAUCGCGCCGGAGAGCCUUGACUUCUUCGGGCGCAAGGAGGAAGCGCCCCUGGGGUCUGCCGAGCAGGACUGGGGGCUUGCAGGGGCUGCAGAGGAGGUAAAGGGUGGAGAGCUGCAGAAGGAGCAUGGCGCAGGGAAAAGCGACGGAGGGAUGGCAGGAAAGAGAAAAAGAACGGCAGAAAGCAGUGAAAGGAAAAGAAAAAAGAAAAAGAGACGAGAAGCAGCAUUGAUGCCAGAAUUGUCAGAAAGUAAUGGAAUAAAGUGGAUGUCUUCUCUGGAAGCAAAAUUUGAAGAUGCGAAAGACAAAAAACCUACUGCAGAAAAACUUGAACGCUUGAGAAGAGAAAAGAUUAAUCGCUUCAGAAAUCAACACAGGAUUAAUGUUCAAGGAACAGAUCUUCCUGACCCUAUUGCCACGUUCGAUCAACUUCAAAAGGAAUACAAAGUCCACCCUAAAAUCAUGGAGAAUAUUCAAGCUGCUGGUUUCCAGGUCCCAACACCCAUCCAGAUGCAGGCGAUUCCCGUCAUGCUUCAUGGUCGAGAACUUCUAGCUUCAGCUCCGACAGGGUCUGGAAAAACACUGGCAUUUUGUAUUCCUCUUUUAACUCAUCUUAAACAACCGAGGAACAAAGGAUUCAGAGCCCUGAUCAUAUCACCUACCCGAGAACUUGCUAGCCAGACACAUCGGGAGCUGGUGAAGUUGGCUGAGGGGACAGGCUUCAGAAUACAUAUGAUUCACAAGGCAGCUGAAGCUGCAAAGAAGUUUGGGCCCAAGUCUUCUAAGAAAUUUGAUAUACUAGUUACUACUCCGAACAGACUCAUCUAUUUGCUGAAACAAGAUCCUCCAGCGAUAGACUUGACCAGUGUGGAGUGGCUGGUGGUGGAUGAGUCAGACAAACUGUUUGAAGAUGGGAAGUCGGGGUUCCGAGACCAGCUGGCCUCCAUCUUCCUGGCGUGCACAUCCCACGUGGUGAGAAGAGCCUUGUUCAGCGCAACCUUUGCGCAUGAUGUAGAGGAGUGGUGUAAACUCAACCUUGACAGUGUUGUUCUGGUGUCUGUUGGAGCAAGAAACUCUGCGGCAGAGACGGUAGAACAGGAGCUGUUGUUUGUUGGAUCUGAGACAGGCAAGCUAACGGCAAUGAGAGAGCUUGUUAAAAAGGGUUUUGCUCCUCCAGUCCUUGUUUUUGUACAGUCUAUUGAGAGGGCUAAAGAGCUUUUCCAUGAACUUAUUUACGAAGGCAUCAACGUGGAUGUCAUCCAUGCAGACAAAACUCAGCAACAGCGAGAUAACGUGGUACACAGUUUCAGAGCUGGGAAGAUCUGGGUGCUUAUCUGCUCAGCCUUGCUAGCUCGAGGGAUUGACUUCAAAGGAGUGAAUAUGGUCAUCAAUUAUGAUUUGCCAACGAGUGCAGUGGAGUACAUCCACAGGAUAGGUCGUACGGGAAGAGCAGGCCACACGGGAAAAGCAGUCACUUUUUUUACAGAAGAUGAUAAACCUUUAUUACGGAGUAUAGCCAGUGUUAUUCAGCGAGCUGGCUGCCCUGUGCCAGACUACAUAAAACACUUUCCCAAACUCCAAAGCAAACAAAAGAAGAAAUUAAUUAAGAAACCAUUGACAAGAGAAUCCAUUUGCACCACCCCUCAGUGCUUCUUAAAAAAUGCCAGAAGAAAAAUGAAAACUACGAAGGAAAAUAUUAAGGGGAAAAAGGUUAAAGAAGAUAAAAGUGGUGGUGAAUUACAGACUGCUUCAAAAAGCUGAAUGGCAACAGACUGCUGAGCUUGGGCUGAUGCCUGUGUCCGUACUGAAGAACAGAAGAAUGAAAACAGCAGCAAAGGGGAAGGGAGAAAAAUAUUUCUUAUGUUUUCUUCUGGGUGAGGAUGGAUGUUUACACACAAGAAAGUCUCUACUGAAAUACCAAUAGUGGAUUCCUGGGUGCUUCUCAUAGAAGCUGAAGCAUGUGCUCUUGCAGUAAAUGCCUCGUGUUUCUGAACAAUAGUUCAAAAAUAGCAUCUAUUUGUGUUACUGUCACACAGUUUUAUAUUUCUCUGUGGAAAUAGUGUCAGUUCUGUGUUCAGUUCACCCCUAAUAAAUCUGCCAGACUUCCAGAAGAUUCAGUGGCAGAAAACACACAAAGCUUACUGUUAGGCUUGAUAAAUGGAGCCGUCAGACUUCCCUGGCCACUUUAAAGACCAAAACCAAACCACAUCCACUUGUAUUAUACGUGAAAGUAAAGCCUUGCUUCUCCU